UAUUUGUGAAGUGUAAAGAAUAUUAGGCUACACAAACCAAGCUGAACAUAGAGUUGUGAGGAAUUGGGGAGCUAAGGAAAACAACUGGCUUAACCGGAAGUUGUGUGUCCUCACUGCGUGCCUCUUGACACUGACCAUUGAAGGAAAACGGAGCAGAAGAGCGAAACAUGGCGACUUCGAACAAUCCGCGGAAAUUCAGCGAGAAAAUCGCUUUGCAUAACCAGAAGCAGGCAGAGGAGACAGCGGCCUUUGAAGAAGUGAUGAAGGACCUGAGCAUUACGCGGGCAGCGAGGUUGCAGUUGCAGAAAACUCAAUACUUGCAGCUGGGACCGAACCGUGGCCAGUACUAUGGAGGAUCUUUGCCCAACGUCAAUCAGAUUGGAAACAGCGCUAUGGACAUUUCUUUCGAGAAUUCAGGGCUGGACAUGAACAGAUCGACGCGACACCACGGGCUGGUGGACAGAGUGUACCGGGACCGGAGCCGCAUCACAUCCCCCCACCAGAAACCUCUGUCUGUGGACAAACAUGGACGCCAGAUUGACAGCUGUCCAUAUGGUUCAGUAUAUCUGUCACCACCACCUGAUACCAGCUGGAGGAGGACGAACUCUGACUCAGCACUGCACCAGAGCACAUUAACUCCGGCCCAGCAGGCCUUGUUUACAGGAGGAUCCCAGGAGCUCCAGCCAAAAAGAUUUCUCCUGCUCACUGUCCCAGGGGCUGAAGCAAUUAAACAGGAAGUUGAUGAAAAUGGUCAAAACCAGAACUGGGAGUGCAAAAAGAACAUCUCGAGAUCCAAGCCCUGCAAAGUUCCAGGGAUCCACAUAUUCCCGUCUCCUGACCAGCAGUUUACCACUUCACUAAAACCAGCAGCCCACAACACUGGCGGUUCUCUUCCUGACCUGACAAACAUCCAGUUUCCUCCUCCGCUGCCCAUCCCGCUCGACUCCGAUGAUGCGGUGGCUGGCUCGUUCAGCUCCUCCAACAGCACACAGGCACUGGCUAAUUCGCAAGGAGUGAACACUUCUCAGCCCGCAGUAACCAUGGAAAUCCAGUCUGGGCAGGACGACAUGGUUCCUCUCAUCUUGAAUGCAGGAGACUCCCACCAGCAACAGAACCUGCAGCUCUCCCCGACAUCUCCACCUCUCACUCUCUCUCAGGCGGCCAUCAACGCCAUGAACCUUGAGCAGCAGCUGUCGCAGUAUGCCUUCUUCAACCAGCAGCCGACGUCCCAGAACCACCAGAGCCAGCAACAGUCAGGUCUGGUCCAGCUACAGUCCUCGGUGAACUCCUGCUCCACGUCAGACAACCAGACGUCCUCACAAAACAACAUGACGGUGGACAUGAACACGGCCUCCUCCCUCCAACAGUACCGCAGUAGGGUCGGAUCCUCUGCCAAUCAGUCUCCAACCUCCCCCGUCUCCAAUCAAGGCUUCUCACCUGGAGGCUCGCCUCAACAUAACUCCAUCCUGGGCAGCGUGUUUGCAGACUUUUACGACCAGCAGCUCCCGUCCAUUCAGGCCAGUGCUCUGUCACAACAGUUGGAGCAGUUCAACAUGAUGGAAACGCCCAUCAGCUCUGACAGCCUGUAUAACCAGACCUCCACCCUCAACUACUCCCAGGCGCUCAUGAUGGGUUUGACUGGCCAUUGCAACCUUCAGGACUCACAGCAGCUUGGCUACAGUAGCCAUGGCAACAUCCCCAACAUCAUUCUCACAGUGAGCGGAGAGUCCCCUCCCAGCCUGCCCAAGGACCUGACCGGCUCUCUUUCCACAGAUGUUAGCUUCGACAUCGAUUCGCAGUUCCCACUGGAUGACCUAAAAAUCGACCCGCUGACGCUUGAUGGCCUGCACAUGCUUAAUGACCCGGACAUGAUUCUAACCGACCCCGCCACAGAGGACGCAUUUCGCCUCGACCGGCUCUAAACUCGGUACCACAUGCUCAUGCACAGGUGUGUGAAUGCUGCUGCC